AUGGCGACUGCGCCAGCCCCUGGACAGGCGAUGUCCAAGGACCCGAAGACUCAGCUGAAUCACUUCUGUCAGAGGUACUGCCAGCGACCUGUAACGAAGAGUGAUAUAUCCUACACCACCAACAAGUUUGGAAAUCAGUACCAGGCGAUCGUUAAGCUCGAUUGCAUUCAGGGCCAGGAGUAUGCUGGACAUUUGUGCAUCAAUCAAAAGGAUGCAGAAAAGUCUGCUGCGGAGCAGGCUGUCAUGGCUUUCUCGUCACAGAUGGCUGUGUUGAAGCCGCCCGUGCAGAGGGACAAGAAGAGGAAGCCCCGAACUCCGGAAGAGAUUGCUGAGCGCAAGGCCAAGCAAGAGGCUGAGGGCAAUCCAGCAAUCACUCCAAAAACGCUGUUGAAUGCCUUGGUCAUGAAAAUCGCCAAGCGCUAUCUCCAGAAGGGCGAGACGGUUUACGAGACGAAGACCUACAAUGGCGGUGGGCAUCAGGCCACGGUCAAGCUUUCUGCGCUGCCGGGGGAGUGGAGCGAGCGAAUGUGGGCCGGACAUGUCUGCACUACGAAGCAGAAGGCAGAGCAAAGUGCUGCGGAGAUUGCGCUGGAAUCGAUCAAGCAGGACAAGGAACUCAUGGAAGAAGCUGACAAGCCGAAAGGCUUUGGCAAAGGCGGCAAGGGCAAGGGCAAGGGCUUUAUGUGGGAUCCCUGGCAGUGGGGAUGGAUGUGGGGCAUGCCCUCGAGUGAACUUCCGCGCAAAGACGUUCUCACAGAGUCCAUCACUGGUGAAGUCAUUGAAUGGAAGGAGUCGCACGGCUGGAUUAAGGCAGACGUCGAACUCGACCACAAGGCUGCAUCUCGUCGCGAGGGCAAAAUAUUUGUGGGGAAGUCCGACGCUCCGGAGGAUGGACUGGUAGCUGGUGCAAAGGUGAGCUUCACGGUGUAUGAGGACCCACGUGGCCUUGGAGCGAAAGACUUGAAAGUCCUUUGA